AAAAUCGUUUCCUCUCAAAUUCACCUCUCUUCCUCUCUCACUCACAAAUUCUCAAUUCCGCUUCGCAUUUCAUUAACUCUUCUUCUUCUGCUUCCUCUGGUUUCCGUUAGGCUAUCAAAGAAAUAGUUCUGUAGUUUAAGCAUGGGGGACAGUGAAACUGUAGUUGCCCAAACAUCUGACGUCAUGGGGUAUGCAUCUGCUGGAUAUGUUUCGAGUGGCUAUUCUGAUAGCAGUGCAAAUCUAAUUCCUCAACCGGGUGCUUUUCAAUCUGGGAUCACUGGGGACUUUUCUGUUUCACAUACCUCUGCAGAUAUGGGCAACGGCAAUGCAUAUGUUACGGAUCCCAAUUCUCUUCAGCAAGGAAAUCAUGUUGGAGAGGUGGAUGCGACAAAGUCAGAUGUGGUAAUGACUGACCAUAUUCAGAAUGCUGCUGUAGCAGAAACUUCAGGAAUGGAAACUGCUGAAGUAGCCAGUCACGAUUCUUCUUUAAAUAGGAGCGUUGCUGCCUCAUCAGUUAAUGCUUCAUCAAUUGAGAAUGGAAGUGUUAUUGAGAAUGCCAAUGAUGCUUCUGAGGAACAACACUUUAUUGAUGGUUCUGUACCUCCACUAUCUGCUGAAGAAGAUAGACUCUGGAACAUUGUGAGGGCCAGUUCUUUAGACUUUAAUGCAUGGACUUCUUUGAUCGAAGAGACAGAGAAGGUGGCAGAGGAUAACAUACUCAAAAUUCGGAGAGUGUACGAUGCAUUUUUAGUGGAAUUUCCUUUAUGCUAUGGUUAUUGGAAGAAGUAUGCAGAUCAUGAGGCCCGUUUUGGAUCUACUGACAAAGUUGUUGAGGUGUAUGAACGAGCAGUACAUGGAGUCACUUACUCAGUUGAUAUUUGGCUGCAUUACUGCAUAUUCGCUCUUAGUACAUAUGGAGAUCCAGAGACCAUCAGAAGACUUUUUGAGAGAGGAUUAGCUUAUGUUGGGACAGAUUACCUCUCAUUUCCCCUUUGGGAUAAAUAUAUUGAAUACGAGUACAUGCAGCAGGAGUGGGGACGCCUUGCCAUGAUAUAUACACGUAUACUGGAAAAUCCAAAUCAACAGUUGGAUCGUUAUUUCAAUAGUUUUAAGGAGUUAGCUGCAAGUCGACCAUUGUCAGAAUUGGAGAGUUCUGAGGAGGCUGCUGUCGAUGUGCAAACAGAGGUUGGUGAUCAAGUAAAUGGGGAGGAAGGUCGUCCUGAUGUCACGGAACCAUCGUUUAAAACUGUAAGUGCUGGCUUAACAGAAGCAGAGGAGUUGGAGAAGUAUAUCGCCAUUAGAGAAGAAAUCUAUAAGAAAGCUAAAGAGUUCGAUUCUAAGAUCAUUGGUUUUGAAACAGCUAUCAGAAGGCCCUACUUUCACGUUCGGCCACUAAAUGUUGCAGAGCUUGAUAAUUGGCAUAGUUACCUGGACUUUAUAGAACAAGAAGGAGACUUAAAUAAGGUGGUGAAAUUAUACGAGAGAUGUGUGAUUGCUUGUGCCAACUAUCCUGAGUACUGGAUACGAUAUAUUUUAUGCAUGCAAGCAAGCGAUAGUAUGGAUCUUGCCAACAACGCCCUUGCUCGGGCAAGCCAAGUUUUUGUCAAGAGACAACCAGAGAUCCAUUUAUUUGCUGCUCGGUUCAAGGAGCAAAAUGGGGAUAUUGCUGGCGCUCGAGCCUCCUAUCAACUUGUGCAUACUGAAAUUUCACCUGGCCUUCUUGAAGCAAUUAUUAAGCACGCUAAUAUGGAACAUCGUCUGGGGAAGCUGGAAGAUGCAUACUCUGUAUAUGAACAGGCCAUCGCCAUUGAAAGAGGAAAAGAACAUUCUCGUGCGUUGCCACUGUUAUAUGCUCAGUACUCGAGGUUUCUGAACUUGGUAUGUAAGAAUGAAGGAAAAGCUAGAGAAAUUAUGGAUAAGGCAGUUGGGCAUGGUGAAUUAUCCAAACCACUCAUUGAGGCCUUGAUACAUUAUGAGGCAAUUCAGUCAUCAGCAAAGAGAAUUGAUUAUUUAGAUUCAUUAGUUGAGAAGGUAAUAGUGCCCAAUACAGAGAAUGCAACGGUCGUGAGUGCUUCAAUGAGGGAGGAGUUAUCGAGCAUUUUCUUGGAGUUUCUAAAUCUCUUUGGAGACGUUCAAUCAAUCAAGAAGGCUGAGGACAGACAUGCAAAGUUAUUCAUUUCACAUAAGAGUACAUCAGAACUUAAAAAACGCCUGGCGGAUGAUUAUCUAGCUUCUGAAAAAGCAAAGAUAGCCAAAUCCUAUCCUAGUGUUUCUUCACCAGCACAAUCUUUGAUGGGUGCUUAUCCAACUGUUCAAAACCAGUGGGCAGCUGGCUAUAGUGUACAACCACAAGCCUGGCCUCCUGUCGCUCAAGCACAGGGGCAACAGUGGGCACCUGGUUACACCCAACCGGCCUCGUAUAGUGGGUAUGGAAGCACCUACACGAAUCCACAAGUGUCCACAUCGGUGUCACAAACCUCCACUUAUGCGACGUAUCCUCCAACAUACCCUGUCCAGCCGCAGGCGUAUUCUGCUCAGAGUUAUGCCCAACCGACCGCUCAAGCAACGAUAGCGCCAUCGCAGCAGCCAGCUUCAGUCGCUCAGCCAUAUUACGGGAGUUACUAUAUGAAUGGAUGAGAAUGGCCAUUAGUUUGUUCGUAAACUGUAAUCUAAAAUUUUCCCCUCGUGUACGAAUACGAUCUACUACUGAUAUCCUGUACCUUUGUUUUUCAGAGACAUGGGUAUGGUAUAGCUAACACAAACUAGGGAACAGUUCUAGAAUCUGCUUCUUCCUAAUUCUUCCUCUCUUUCAAUUUUGAUGUGCCAAUGAGUAGUGGUUUGGAUAUCAUCAGAAUUUCCCAUUGCCAAGUAGUUAUCAGUUAUUGAGUUCAACUGACUGUUCUUUUUAUGUGGUGCCAUUGAUGGUUUGUUUGCCAUCAAAUUUGGAGGGAAUUU